AUCCAGUCAGGAGGCCUGGAGAUCACGGCCGUGUGGUCCUGGGCCUCUUCCUGUAACCAGUGGGGCGGGCAGUGAUAUGCCAGGUGACCCGUCAGGGCUUCUGACUUAUCCGGUGACCUCCGAAGAAGUCAUGGGUCACAGGUGUCUCUUCCUAGCCCAUCCGUCACUGCUGUUGGAAAGAAGAGGUCGGGGUUUGUGCCUGGCCCGAUGGAUGUUCAGUUUGAGGGGGUGUGAGGAUAUUCCCACCCACCCGGGUGUCUCCGAAAUGGAGGCAAACAGCCAUUUUGACUUCCCCGGCCUCCCCCCGCAACCUGCCGUCUCAGGACUGAAAUCCUCUCCCCCCGCAGGGGAGGGGCUCUACACGAAGGGGCCUCCUCCUCCUCCUCCCCCUCCAGCCUGCUUCCCCCAGCAAGGGAAAGGUUUGAACGGGGACAUGAAUGUCAACGGCUUAGCUACUGUAUCUCACACUACGACUUCAGGGAUCCUGACCUCCCCGCACUCCUCCGGCCCCUCGCCCGUGCACGUCCCCGGGGCCCCCUUCGACUAUCUCUGGAACUAUACACAGUACCCCGCCUCCGGGGCCGGUCCCGGGGCCGCGGGCAGCAGCCUCAAGGAGCCGGCGGUCGCCUCUCCCGGCCCCGUCCAGUCCCCGCUCAACGGCCUGCUCGGGGGCAGCGGGGCGGCCCCGGGCCCCGGCAGCCCGCGGGCCGCGGCGCCGGAGCUGUGGGCCAACGGGACUCCGGGCGCCAUGGGGCUCCCCUUCGACUCCCAGGAGCUGUACGACACCUUCCCCGAGCAGAGCUUCGACGUCCUGGCCGCGGGCCCCGGGGGCUUCUUCGCUCCCGCGCAGCCCUCCCCUUUGCUGGGUUCCGGCGGGCGGGGCUUCGGGGCCGCCGGGGCGCCGGGCGCCGGGGCCCCUGGAGAGGAGGAGCAGGUGGGCAAGGAGCUGGGCCCUGCCGGCAUGGAUGAUGGGGCCGUGCUGGUGGACAGCCUGGAGCUGGAGCGGGAGCAGCCCGAACUGAAGCUGUGCGGCUACAACGGCCCUCCCGCCCCCUCAGUCGGCUGCCUGGAGGACCCCGCGCCCCUGCCCGAGCCGUUGGUGGUGUCUCCGAUCCUCGGGGAAGAUGCCCUGGAGCCCUUCGCAGCUCUGGGCCCAGGCCCGGGAAGCGGCGGGAUCUUCGGCGUGGACGACUCGGAGUUGGUGGGCCCGGCGGACAAGCUGGCCCUGCCUCCGCCCCACAUCACCGCCCUGGACUGCCCCUCCCUCGGCGCCCCCGGCUCUUUCGGCCUCAUGGCGGACGACAGCCGGGCCUCCUCCCCGUCCUCCGCCGCCGCCGCCUCCUCCGCGCUGUUCGCCAGCCCCGGCUCCCCACCCGUCCUCAGGGAGUCCGUGCUGCAAGACGGUGGCUUCGACCUGAACCCCGGGGGCCGCCCAGGCCCACGGGAGACUGCGGCUUUGGACCUGCCCCCGCCCCCGCCCCUGCCCCCCGCCCAGCUGUCCCCGGAUGCCCCGGGGGAGGACGGAGCCGGCAGCCGCUGCCCCGAGCCCUCAUCCGGAGACAAAGGCAAGGAAGAGGCCGGCAAUCUCCCAGCCAGUGGAGAAGUUCUGCGCAGGCGGAUCGCCACCCCCGAGGAAGUGCGGUUCCCACUGCAGCACGGGUGGCGGCGCGAGGUGCGAAUCAAGCGCGGCGGCUGCCGCUGGCAGGGCGAGACGUGGUACUACGGCCCCUGCGGGAAGCGGAUGAAGCAGUUCCCGGAGGUGAUCAAGUACCUAGCCCGGAACACGGUCCAGAGCGUCCGCCGGGAGCACUUCAGCUUCAGUCCGCGCAUGCCCGUUGGGGACUUUUACGAAGAGCGGGACACCCCCGAGGGGCCGCGGUGGGUGCAGCUGGCGGCAGAAGAGAUCCCCUCGCGCAUCCAGGCCAUCACCGGCAAGCGCGGCCGACCCCGCAACACCGACAGGGCCCGGGCCAAGGAGACCCCCAGCGUGAAGCGGGGGCGCGGGCGGCCGCCCAAGGCCAGGGGGGCUGAGCUCGGCAAGACUGAUGGCCGGGCCCCGGAGAAGCAGGAGGCCCAGGAGACCCUAAGUGAUGACGACAAGGCGAAGAUGACCAAGAUCAAGAAGAGGAUGAGGAGGAAGGUCAGAAAUAAACAGAAGCCGGAGGUCCGGGGCCCCAGGCAGAAGGAAACCAAGAAGAGAUCCAAGGCCGAGAAGGAGAAAGCGAAAGCAAAGCAGGACAAACUGAAGGAGAAAACCCGAAAAGAGAAGGGCCGGGGCCGGGGCCGGGGCCGAGGCCGAGGGAGGGAGGAGCAGGAGGAGGAGCCGCCGAGGGGGAAGGAGGAGAAGGCGGCGCCCAGGGUGAAGGCCCGGCCGGCCCAGCCCUCCCCCGCGCCGGCUAAGCCGGACCGGGCGCUGGCCACGCAGCGGCGGCUGGAGGAGCGGCGCCGGAGGCAGCUCAUCCUGGAGGAGAUGAAGAAGCCCACCGAGGACAUGUGUUUGGCUGACCAUCAGCCCCUGCCGGAGUUCUCCCGCAUACCCGGCCUGCUGCUGCCCAGCCCGGCGUUCUCAGACUGCCUGACCGUUGUGGGGUUCCUGCACAGCUAUGGCCAGGUUCUGGGCCUGGAUCCGGCUAGGGACGUGCCCAGCCUGGGGCGGCUGCAGGACGGGCUGCUGGGCCAGGGCCAGGGCCCCGCGGACGUCCAGGACCUGCUGGUGCGCCUGCUGCGGGCGGCCCUGCGCGACCCCGGCCUGCCGGCCUAUUGCCAGUCUCUGAAGAUCCUCGGGGAGAAGGUGUCGGAGAUCGCGCUGACGCGGGACAACGUGUCCGAGAUCCUGCGCUGCUUCCUCAUGGCGUACGGGGCGGAGCCGAGCGUAUGCGCCAGCCUGCGCUCCCAGCCCUUCCGGGCGCAGCCGCCGCGCAGCCAGGCCGCCGUGCUGGCCUUCCUCGUGCACGAGCUCAACGGCUCCGCCCUCAUCACCAGCGAGAUUGACCGCGGCCUGGAGAACAUGUCCCGCUACCGCAGGAGCAAGUGGAUCGUGGAGGGGCGGCUGCGCAGGCUGAAACUGGCCCUGUCUAAGCGCACCGGACGGCCUGAGACCGGGCUCCCCGGGCUGGAGGAGGGCUUGGGGCGAAGACGCAGCACCCGCAUCACCGAGGAGACCAGCGGCAUGGAGGAAGAGGAGGAGGAGGAGGAGGAGGAGAUGGAAGAAGAGGGGAUGGAGGAGGAGGAGGAGGAAGAGGAGGAAGAAGAAGAGGAGGAGGAGGAGGAGCAGGAGCGAGAGUCCAAAGCAUCAGCUCGCAGCCGUCGGGGCCACAAGAACGAAGAGGGAGAUGUCCCGGCGUGCAGUGCCUCGGAGCUGGAGAGGCAGAUAGAAAAACUUGCCAAGCGCCAGCAAUUCUUCCGCCAGAAGCUGCUCCACUCGUCGCAGACUCUACGGGCCAUCUCCCUGGGCCAGGACCGCUACCGGCGCCGCUACUGGGUGCUGCCCUACCUGGCCGGGAUCUUCGUCGAGGGAGCCGAGGGGGCCGCAGCCCCCGACGACGGUGUGAAACAGGAGACGGAGCCACCGCAGGGACCCCAGCCCCCGCCGCCCCUCCCGGCCCCCCUCUCCGCGGUGAAGAAAGAGCCCACCGAGGGACCCGUCGGGACCCCGCCCCGGUCCCGCGGCCGGCCCCGCAAGACCAAGCCAGGGCUGAGCCGGCCCGGGGCCCCCACCUCCCCUCGGAGCCUCGGGGAGCAGCCCCCGCCUCCCCCCAAUGGGCUCCUCCCUGCCGAGGCCACCCCCGCGGCACUGCCCCCCGCGCUGCCCCCCACGCUGCCGCCCACGUUGCCCCCCGCGCUGCCCCCGACGCUGCCUCCUGCCCAAAGCCAGCACGACCUCAGCCAGUCCGCCUUCCUCUCCUGGCUGAGCCGCAGCCGCAGCCGCAGCCCCAGCCCCACUCCGAGCCCCACCCCCAGCCCCACCCCCACCCCCAGCCCCCUGCUGAGCAGCUCCGUCCUGACGCCGGACAGCAGCCCCGGCCCCCCGCAGUCGUCCGAGGGGCCUGGCCAGCCUGAGCGCCGCGGGUCCUGGUUCAACAUCCUGCCCCGCACACCCUGCGCCGCUGCCCCCGCGUUGCCGCCGCCGCCGCCGCCCUCCCCGCCCUCCGCCGCCGCGGGCCCCAGUCCGCCCCCGGGACCGGCCACGUCGCCCGCUCUCCCCCACGCGGUGAAUGGCCUCCCCGCUGCUGCCCCCGGCUCCCCAGCCCCACGCUCCCCCACCCUCCUGGCCCAACCCCUGCCCAGCGCAGCCCCCCAGGGGCGGGCGGGCCUUCUGGCGGAGGAGGAAGGCCAGUGCCCCCCGGGGCCAGGGAUGCCCAAGAGGAGGGGCCGGCCCCCCAGCAAGUUCGUGAAGCAGAUGGAGCAGCGCUACUUGACGCAGCUGACCGCCCGGCCUGUGCCCCAGGACAUGCGCUGCGGCUGGUGGUGGAUCCGAGACGCAGAGGAGUUGGAAGCCACCCGCCGGGCGCUGCACCCCAGAGGUAUCCGGGAGAAAGCCCUGGCCAAGCACCUCGCCAAACACAGCGACUUCCUCCGGGAGGUCUGCCGGCGGCCGACCACCGACCCCAUCCUGGAGCCCAGCUGCCAGCGCCCUCAGUCCCAGGAGGCCUUGCAGCGCUGGGCCCCGGCCGAGCGCACGUACGAGACCGACCUGGCCGUGCUGCGGCGCGUGGAGCAACUGGAGCAGCGGGUGCUGCUGGCCGACCUGCAGAUCCGGGGCUGGACGUGCCCACCGCCCGACUCGGAGCGCAGGGACCUGCGGUACCUGGAGCCGGCAGCCGAGGUGCUGGAGGACAUCACGGCCCGGACCCGGGGCCGCGAGGGGCCGGCCCUGCCGCGGGAGGCCCGCAACCCCCUGGACCUGGCAGUGCUGCGCCUGGCUGCUCUGGAGACCAAUCUGGAGAGGCGCUACCUCCGCCAACCGCUCUGGCCCGCUCACGAUGUCGUUCUGGAGAGGGCGUUGCUCGGCAGCCCCCACGCCUCUGCCCAGGGCCCCGCACCCAUGGCCUACGAGAUCACCCCGCGCAUGCGCGCGUGGCGGCAGACUCUGGAGCGAUGCCGGAGCGCGGCCCAGCUGGGUCUCUGCCUGCAUCAGCUCGAGGCCUCCAUCGCCUGGGAGAAAUCCGUCAACAGAGUGACCUGCCUGGUUUGCCGGAAGGGGGACAACGAUGAGUUCCUGCUGCUGUGUGACGGGUGCGACCGAGGGUGCCACAUCUACUGCCACCGGCCCAGGAUGGCCGCCGUUCCCGACGGAGACUGGUUCUGCACCCGCUGCGCCACCCAGCAGGCAGACGGCGUGAGCCCCCUGAAGCCAGGUUCCCCCAAACGGGGCCGGAGGGCAGGAGCGCCGGACCGAGUGCUGCCUUUUCCCGAGGGCGAGGGGCGGCGGCGGCGGCGGGGGGGGGCCCCGCGGGGCCGGGAGGGGCCGGCCGAGGGGCUGACCCCUGCCAAGCACCGACGGGUGUCCCUGCGGCAUCACCACGGCGACCUGACCUCCUGCGAGGUCAUCCUGAUGGAGAUGGAGUCCCACGAGGCCGCGUGGCCUUUCCUGGAGCCCGUCAACCCGCGCCUGGUGAGCGGCUACCGACGCAUCAUCAAGAACCCCAUGGACUUCUCCACCAUGCGGGCACGGCUACUGCGCGGGGGGUACGCCAGCUCGGAGGAGUUCGCUGCCGACGCCCUCCUGGUCUUCGACAACUGCCAGAAAUUCAACGAGGACGACUCGGAAGUGGGCAAGGCCGGACACGUCAUGCGACGCUUCUUCGAGCGCCGCUGGGAGGAGUUUUAUCAGGGAAAACCGGCCGAGCCGUGAGGCCGGGGGAGGGACGGGCCCUUCCCUCGUCCCCCCUCCGAGACCGGGGCGCGGAGAGGCCCCUCCUGGACUGAAAGCCAAAAAGAGAGAGAAAAAGUUGGCGGUUUUUUCCUUUCUAAUUGUGUAAUUACUCCCCCCACCCCUCCCAGGGCCGUGUAACUUAGCAAUAGUUCCAGUGAAUGUGUGAAACACUUGGUCCGGCCGAGGCCCCCUAGGCGGCCAGUGAAGUGGUCUUAACUCCUUGGGGCCAGACACGCUGCUUCCAGACCCCCCCACCCCCAGAUCGGGGGUCUCGCUCCUGCCCCGGAACCCCCGGUAGCCCCCCUCCGGGCUCCAGCGUCGGCCAGGGAGGGGUCGUGGCGGGUCUGGGCCCCGUCCCCUCCCCGCCUCCUCCUCUCGGGAACUCCUCAGGGACAGCUGCGCUGAGGUGGGGCUCACACCCUGGCUUAUCCCCACGUAGCUUUGGGUUCCUGGCCGGCCUGGGG